AUGAAGCAGUACCAGCAGCCUCAGUCCCAGCAGCGGUAUAAGCAACCUGAGCCCCAGCAGCAGUACAAGAGGCCUGAGCCCCAGCAGCAGUACAAGCAGCCUGAGCCCCAGCAGCAGUACCAGCGGCCUGCGCCUCAGCAGCAGUAUCAGCAGCCCAGGAAGCAGCCCCAGCAGCAGUACCAGCAGUCUCAGCCGGCGCAGUACGCCGAGCCGUCGUACGAGCCCGCGCAAUACCAGUACGAGUACGCUGUGCGUGACGAGUACUCGGGCGCCGACUUCAGUGCUCAGGAGAGCCGCGACGGCGACCGGUCCACCGGCGGGUAUUCGGUCCUGCUGCCCGAUGGGCGCACGCAGAAGGUCACCUUCUACGUCGAUGGUUAUUCGGGCUUCGUGGCUGACGUGCAGUACGAGGGUGAGGCCCGCCCGUACCAGCCAGAGCCGGAGCCGGAGCCGGGCCUGCAAACGCUGGAAACGGCUGCAUCGGACAUCGAGCAGACAGAGCGCAAGGACGAACUGUUCAACUCGCUGGCCGACCUGCUGUCCCGGCAGGACCAGGCUCUGCCGGAGCCGGAGCAGUUGCAGGAGGAACCUGCAGUGGAACCAUGGAGCACCAUGGAGCAGGAGUCCGAGCAGAAGCCGGCGUUGGAGAAGGAACCUAAGCAGGAAUCGGAGCAGGAUCCGGAGCAGGCAGAGGAGCAGGAGCCUGAGCAGGGGCUGGGCCAAGUGGAGGGGCUGGUGCAGGAGGCGGACACCACUUCCGAGACGGUGGUGGUGCCGGUGCGCCUGACCGGGGUGCCAGUGGUGCCCACCCUGCCUGGGGAUGAGGCCCCGGAAGAGGCCGGCCCUGGUGCCGACCAGCCCCCCGCUGAUGUUCCGCUGAGUGCAAACGAGGUGCCGCUGCCGGCACCCGGCCGCCAGCCAGUCCAGGAGCCGGUCAUCGUGGCUGAGACGGCGCCCUGCCUCGGCUGCGUGACGCCCAUACUGCACGAUGGCGCCGACCUGCGCCGCGUCGCCAACAUGGCCUCCAAACUGCUGGAGGAGAGGCUCGACGCCCGGUUCUCGUUCCGCGUCACGGAGGUGUACCGCGCCAGCAAGCAGAUUGUGAAUGGCAUCAAGUACUUCCUGACGCUGGAGCUGGCGUCCACCUCGUGCGAGCGACCCGUGCCGCCGUUCACGCUCUGUUACGUGGGCGAGGACGCGGAGAAGGUGAUCUACAGCGUUGAGAUGCUGCAUCAGCCACACAGGGCCAACACGGAGCUGAUCUCGCUCAGGAAGCCAGCGCGACUCCCGUAA